AUGCUGGCUACCCUAGCUGGUCUGCUGGCAGGGACCAGUCUCAUUUCGUACAGCACGCUCGCGCUUGCUGCCUCGAGCAGACACACACCCAGCCUCGCCAAAGCUCGCUCAGGGCAGAUCUCCCAUGUGCACAAUGUUUCCCGACGAGGCGUAGGUCAGGUGCGCAGAGCAGCAAGCUCCGUUCUCUCUCCUCGCGCAGAUCGCAGAUCGCAGAUCGCAGAUCGCAGUGCGGCUGAGUCAUCUGCAUUUCUCCCUUGACCGCCUUACAGAACGUUCUGAGUGGUCUGACUAGAGACGCACAAUCUUCCACCAGUCACUGGUGGAGACCGAGCGACAUGAUGCCAAAAGAUCCCGCCACUGGGAUUCGCAAGGUGCAUCCGAGCUGGAACUUGCCGGAAGACUAUAACGAAAAAGCAGCUCAACGCGACAAAGAUGCAGGCAAAGCGUUGGGAAGCAGCAUCACAGACUUUCGAGAGAGGCUCAUUUGGAAUGGAGAGGGUAGACCUCCGACCAUCGAACAGACGCGCAACGGGCCAAAGUCUCCGCCUGAAGACCCAAAACAUCGCUACGUCCACGUACCUUCUUCUCGUGAAGAGCUGGAGAGGGAGUGGAACGAUCCUCAUCCGGCUUUGCAUCCUGUGCACGAGUAUCGCAAGUUGACAAGGGACAAGUAUCCGGUAUUGAGGGAGAGCAAGAGCUCGUCGGAUCUGCUGUACAAGGAGCCUACCAAGCCCAGCGAGGUUCCAAAGAACGCGAAAACGGGACUGGAGAGGAGCAAGAGCACUUCUGCUCUCAUCGAUGAGAGUCCGCUCAAGAUGCCAAAGGGACGCUUGCCCAGCGAUGCAGAGAGAAGGCACAAAUUGAUGCAUCAAUUCGUGCAGAGCUACCCUGGCCACAUUCCCAAGAGCGUGCAAGAUGGUCUCUAUGACCAUGCAAAGCAGCACGAGGGGCGACUACACUACAUGGACGUUGGUCGUCUCUACCUAGAGCAUCCAAGCGAAGAUCUUCAGGCUGCGAAGCGCGUAGUAGGCCAUAUGGAGCGCUGGACCAAGCACACGAAAAACAUGUAUCCCAUCUCCAAACGCAUCUGGUCAGACAUGCACGAUCCAAUCCCGCUGACGCGCGACGGUCAGUUCUUCAAGGCUGCAGGCAUGCCGAAUGGCUGGUCCGUAGAGAAUCAUAGAGGUGGCCCCAAUGUUCAAAAGUACUUGUUAAAGAAAGAAGCUGCAGAAGAGGCCAAGAGAAACAAGGUGCUCACUCCGCUAGAGAAGAAAAAGGAGGCUUUCGAUAGACGCUUCCCUCAACGGAAAUUGUGGUGA